ACUUUCCUCCUCACUCUCUCCCUCGUUUCUCCUCACUCCUCUAACUCUCCGCAGGUCUGUGGGAUGUUCAGUGGGGUUUCUCGAAGCUGUGGGGAGGUUUAGCUCGGCCGGACUGCGCUCUCUCUCUGUGGUUCUGCGGGUUAUGUGGGUUUGAGUCGGUCAGUGAUGGCCUGCAGCGGGUUUUCUGUGUUAGCUCUUGUGUUUUUGUGGAGUUUUUGUGGAAGUCCAGCAGCUUCUCAGCAGCACCGACACGGCAACAAGAACUGGUGUGCCUUUAUCGUGCAGAAGAACGUGAGCUGCGCAGUUCAGGCGGGUUUGGAAGUUCCCGCAGAGGCUGCUCCCUGUCCCAUGAACCAGCCGGACUGCCAGCACCAGAUGAGGUAUCGGACCCAUUUUCGACCCACUUACAAGAUUUCGUACAAGACUGUUACUGAGCUUGAAUGGAGAUGUUGCCCAGGGUACCAAGGUCUGGACUGCAAAGAGCUGAAAGGAACACCGAAUAGACAGACGUUGGUUGAACAUCAGCCUCAGUCUCACCCUCAGCCUCGACACACUGGAUACACAAGAAAUGCACAAAGGGCAGAGCGAAGAGAGACAGGGCAAUAUUACAGCCACCACAGAACUGAGAAAACCCGUCAGCUUGAGGAAGACGUGCAGCGCCUUUCCCAAACAGUGCUGGAUCUUCAAUCAGCCAUGACUAACAUGGCUUCUAAUCUGAGGACCGACCUUCAGGAGGACACCAGCAAAAUGCUGUCCACUCUCCUCAACAACAUGGGUGUACCUGAUAGCGCCAGAGCAGGAGGCACUGAAGAAAGCGCAGCACAUCUGGACGGGCACCAGGCCACUAGGGGUCUCACUCAAGGAGAAAGGGGCAUGGAGGAAGUUCUUGCCAGGCUUGAUGAUGUGACGAAUGCUUUAAAAAGCAAAGAAGAUGUGAUUGAGGAGCUGCGUGACACAGUGACCGGACACAAUGGGCAGAUUCGAAUGCUCAUGGAUGCUUCUCAAGGGCCGGCGGUCACUCCUGGUGCCUCGACAGACAUCGAUAUCCUUCAGGCUUAUGUAGACAGCAAAUUUGAGAAGCUAAAGAAAGAACUGGUCGUGGACAUGGAAGAUCAGAUUAACAAGUUAAAGAGUGAAUGUGACGACCGGAUCCUGGCUCUUCAGAAAACAUGCGAAGAGGGCCAGGAAAGAACUUAUGCAAACCUUAGCAAACUAGUAGAACGCAAGGAGUCUGAGCUCAGGAAGGACAUUCGUGAGUUGCAAGUGAAUAUGGUCAUGUCGGAUGGAGUUGUACGCACUCAAAGGCAAACAGCUCUGCUGAAAGAUGAUGGUGAUCACAAUGAUCUAAGGCAGGCGCUUCAGCGAGUGGCGGACGCUCACCGAGUCCUUAAUGCUCGGGUGGACAAUGAACUGGCACAUUUGUCCAUGCUGCAGCUGGAAGACAUGUUUGGGCCUCGCAUAGAAGAGCUGGAGGCACGGAUGAACGUGACGGAAAAGAACGCAGAGACGUACUGCUUCUACGUGGAGGAGAAGCUAACCAAGGAACUUGCGGAUGAGAUAGCGAAGAUUCACGAGCUCAUGGAUGAGAAAUUGACUUCUAUGGAGGAUCAGUUCACGGCCAUGCUAGUUGAGAUGAGCAACAACUCCUUCCCAGGAAUGUUCAGCGAUUCCGUAGACGGUCUGCAAGUUCAGGUCAACUCCAACAAGUAUCUCAUUGAGGGAUUGGAGAACAAGUUGAGUGCCAUUGGGCAGGUAUGCUCAACGAACUGCAAACCAAGCCAAUCGAUUGAUCCUCAAAACCUGGGAGGUCUUGACACUAUUGUUAAGGAUGUCAAGCACUGUAGAAACAACCUGGAUGUCUUGAACACUGACGUGGAGCAAAAUACUGCAAAGCUUGUCGAAUUAGAGAGCAUUUUGGAACGCCUUUCCAUCGAGAACCAGCAAAACGUCGUCAGCAAACAGGACCUCAACAACAGGUUGAAACCUCUGACAGACAAUGUCGAUGGCCUGACUGGAGCUGUAACAGGGUUAGGAGACUCCAUCAGCAAGUUUAGCCAAGACCUUCUAGCUCUUAACUCCAGUUGCUGCCUACCAGGAAAUGUAGGUUUGGUCCAGAGACCAACAGGUUUACCUACUCUCUUUCACGGAACAGGCAAACCAAGUCCCAACCAGGUAGAGGAACUCCGAGACAGGCUAGACAAGCUCAGCUCCCAGGUGACGGCAGAGCUGAGCCUGUGUAAGCAGAAUGCAGCAGGCAUAGCUGAAGGUGUCUCCACAGUGAACGGAAGAGUGACUACCCUGGAGAAGUUGUGUGGGAAGCUGGAUGGUGAGACGAAUCAAAUUCAGGAAAUAAAAGAAGGGCUGAAGAGAGACUUGGCACAAUUGGGCUCUAUUCUGCAGACACAUUCUGGGGAGAUUGGAACCCUCCAGAACAACCUGCUCAACUUUCAGAAACAGUUCGCAACGCUCAAGGAUCAAACCAUGAAGCAACAAGGAAUGCCAGUAAGACAGGAGAGACCUGCUGUGGUCCCAGACUCUGGAACUCCGACCCAGUCUCGGAAUGUGCACAUCCCUGAGAUCCACAUCCCUCUGAUAAUAACCCACAGGACAGUGCCGGUAACACCUCGUCCUCCCCGUCCUCGUAUUCCUUACAUUCUUCAACCACAGCAGCCCAGCCGCCCUCAACAGCCCAGCCGCCCCCAACAGCCCAGCCGCCCAAGCCUGCAUCAGCCCGUCCACGAGGUUGGGGAGGCUGGACCCCCAGGCUGGAACAGCAGGACGUACGUCAGACGCGAGCGCGGAUCUGAGAAUUCUGGAAAGCCGAUGCAAGGAUUCGCUGGUGCACCAGGCUAUCCUCACGCCCGGCCUGUGGCAUAUAAACCAAAUCCAAUUGCAGUUUCUCAAGCCACAUGGAAUCCUGCACAAAGACUUGUCGCCACACCAGUUGCAUCAGAGAGAGACUCGUUUGUGGAGCCCUUCUCCUUCUCUGCCGCUCUCACAGAGCAGGCUUUCUCAGGGGACUUUGGCAUCAUCCGUUUUAACAGGGUGCUGGUCAAUGAUGGAGGACAUUAUGAUUCCCAAACAGGAGUCUUCACUGCGCCUGUAGACGGACGCUAUCUGGUCACAGCGGUCCUGAUGGCAGCGCGGCGUGAGCGAGUGGAGGCCGUGCUCUCCGUGUCCAACCGCAGCGUGCAGAAGCUGGACACCGCGGGUUACUCCGGGGCAAGCGGACACCUCGCUCCGCAGCCGUGUACGUGCGGAGGCUCCGCCUCCUUCAGCCUCAUCCUCCCGCUGCGGGCGGCCGACCGUGUGUCGCUGGUGCGGACGGCAGGAGCGCUGGCCAUCUCCGACGCCAAGGAGAUCCUCUCCACCUUCAGCGCGGUCUUCCUCUAUUCGCCUCAGGCCCGGAGAUAGCCUCCAGCCAGAGAGAGAAAAAGAGAGAGAGAGAGAGGUAUAGAAAGAGAGGAGGAUGCUGAAAGACUGUUAACACUAACUCUCGGCAGCCUGUUCCAAGUCGGGGUACACUGCAAGAAGAACAGCGCGCAGGCAUUUCUCAAACUUCUAGAUUGGUGACAAAUCUAAUUCUGACUUUUCCUUUAUUCAAAUGUUAGUCAAUAUAUGUUGCAUAUAUAUAUGUGGACUAUAAGGCGCACCCAAAAUCCUUUAAAUUUUCCCAAAAAAUCAGCAGUGUGCCUUAUAAUCUGGUGCUCCUUAUGUAUGAGUUCUACCAGUCAGGUAUUAAGGAACAGUAAAGCAACUCUACUGAUGUUCAGUGAAGUUUCUCCAGCACUAAGGCUGGGUGCAACAGCAGCAGCAUUAGCAUUAGCUGCUAACCGCAGUGCUAGCUGUUGCGCCGUUCAGAGGUGAGUAUAUUGGACUGGAACCCAUUAAAAGGGAAACACGGCAGCACCCUUGCUCACUUCAAUGUAGGCAUCCUUACUAGCAUCGCUCAAUAUGUUUUAUAAUCUGGUGCGCCUUAUGUAUGAAAAUACACCAAAAAAUAGUCGUUCAUUGAUAGUGUGCCUUAUAAUCCGGUACACCAAGAUCUUGCAUUGAUGAUUAUAGAGUCUUUGAUUAUUAUUAUUAUUAUUAUUAUUAUAGAGAAUUUGAUUUGUCUCCAGACUAUAAUAUUUGAGAAUGCCACAGUGACACUAGGGCUUCAUUUUAUAACGUCUGUUAGUUGUUAAAGCAGUAUUGGGCUUUGCUGUACUGAUAUCACACAAGGUAGCGAUAUGCAAAUGAGUACUUGAUUGCGAGUGUUGUUCUCCAUGCACCCGGACUGAAUCUCAAGCAUUCAGUCAGAUAAGAAGAUGAGAUGAUGUGGGUGUUUUAUUGAUUUUGGAAGCAUCACAUCACAGAUCGUAAUAAUGCUGAAUGCCUGAAAGUCUUCAUUCACCACCACCAAAAAUCCUCUGAUGCUUUUUACUAUUUCUAAUAUAGCGUCACUGUCCAAUAAAAAACACUUAUCUCCAAAACGAAAACUAUACAGGAGAGAACCCUUGUAAACUUUCAAGGGAAGUUAAUGUAAAAAUAGUUUAUUUAAGGUCAUUGUGAAGAGUUUCUAUUGGUUUGUCCAUCAAGAAAUUUUGGCACAGUGUAAGUGACAGUUUGUCUUUUCAAAUGAUGUAGUAAACUAAAAAUCGACAAAAA